AUUCGACAAUCAGUGUUCAGCAUUUUUCUCUGUAAUAUUAGUGUUCGUUGUUUACUGUUUUAUGUUCAAAAUUUAGCCAUUUAGCGCAAAGUGCAAYUUCAAUAGAGUUCUUAGUGUUCUAACCGUCUACGGAAUUACAUUUCCAUAUYUUUACUGCCUUAUUGUGAUCUGCGGUCUUAAAUUAACAUGAGCCGUCGUCGAAUUCAUGACAGUUAUGAAGAUCUGUAUGGUGGUGAUCGAGGCUAUAAAAAACGUCGUCGUGGUGGUUCCGAAAGUAAUGACUUAGAAGAUAGAUUGGAAAGUCUUGUUCUUAAAGUUGGAGAAAACACUACUAGCACAAUAGAAAGUAAUUUAGAAGGUUUGGCUAGUGUACUAGAUGGUAAUAUACAAAACUUUAAGAAAAAAGUACUCAAAUUAUUAGUAGAAUGUGCAGUUAAUAUGCCGGAAAAGUGUACAAUUUAUUCAACUUUAGUUGGCUUAUUAAAUGCUAAAAAUUACAAUUUUGGUGGUGAAGCUUUAGGAGAAACAGAUGACGGUCAAUUGCAAAUAUUAAGAAGCACUUUUGAUUUAUGGAGUGCAGAUCAACAAAUGUUAACUGUACUCAUUGACAAAAUGUUGAAAACACAGAUUAUUGAAUGCUCAUCAGUGGCAAAUUGGAUAUUUUCAAAAGAAAUGAUACCAGAGUUUACYAAGCUGUAUAUUUGGGAAAUAUUAUCAUUGACCAUCAACAAAAUGUCCAGACAUGUGGAUCGAUUAACCAGAGAGUUAAAUGAAGCUAGAGAAAAGUUGCGCACAACAGCAGCGAUAACAAAUAGUUCAGAUGACAGUGAUGCAGAAACAGAAAAAGUUGAGGCAAAACCUAGACAAUCAACAACUACAUUUGGUGGUCAAGGUGUUCCAAUGGAUGUAGAUGACAAUGUUACUGAAGAGAUGGUUGAACGUAUGGAGGAGAAAUUAGAAAUGGCUCAAGCUGAUCAAAAAAAUUUGUUUUUGAUUGUUUUUCAGAGAUUCAUAAUGAUAUUAUCCGAACAUUUAGUAAAGUGUGAUACAGAUGACAGACCAUUUGACACAUACUGGUACAAAUACACUGUUGGGCGACUGCAACAGGUGUUUUUAGCUCAUCAUGAACAGGUGCAGAAAUACAGUAGUACCCUAGAAGGAUUACUUUUCACUCAAGAUCUUGACAUUCAUAUCCUUGAAGUGUUCCAUCAAUUUUUAGCACUUCGUUCUUAAGUAUUUGUAUUCUUACUUUAUCUUACAGCAUACUAUUAUGUUUUUGGUUACCCAAAUAUUCUCUAUUCAUUUACUGGUACUCAAAAUUAAUAUUCUUAUUUUUAUGUAGUAUGACAAU